UAUAGCACUCUUCCAUAGCAAAUGCAUUACUCUGAGCGAUUUAAAUGGAUAGAUUUGUAUGUAAAGCCAAUUUUGCGAGUUUUAAAUCAUAAUCCGGGCCUGAUUGUGCAUGCAGGACGUCCCAGGACAGGACUCUCAUCUGAAGGAAUGCUGCUCUUCUCGACUGACUCAGGAGCUCAGCAGAUCUUCUGUAAGGUGUCGUGCUGAAACAGUGUAUAUCAGUCUGGAUUUUCUGGCUAGUUCACUGUCGCCCUUCUGCUUUGCACGGAACCUGACACAUCAGCUGAUUCAUCUAAUACAGUUACAAUGAAAAGGAACAGCGUUUAUAAGUUUUUGUCGGUGUUUUCUUGUCUAUUAGUUUGUGUUUUCCUUCUAUUUUGGGUUUUUGUCUUUUAUUCGAUGGUUUUGGCACCCUGAAGCUUUUUUUUUUGGACAUUAACGCAGCACAAGAGUAUUUGAAACCCAUCUAAACCGCUUAAGCGACUGGUUUAUGAUAUUUUACACCGUUUCCUCAGCGGGAUGAUUUGACGCUUCAAAACAUUUAUCAGAAAAGCGUGUGCGCUAACCCAGACUUAGAUUAGAAAGCGUUUUUUAAGAUGUCAGCAUAUUAAAUAUAAAGUUUUAACCAGUUGUAUCAUCGCGAAACCGCCACCACGAUUGGCUUCCAUUCUGUCGGUACCUGUUUUCUUAUUGAAUUAAUUUUAAAGUAAUUUGUGAAGCGUUAGCUCUGCUACGAAACCAAAACAAACCGACUGCGCGUGCGUGCACGCUAACCGUGGUCACAUGACCCCAACCAGGACGCGCUCGUCUGGAAUCAGCAGCUUCAGUGCUGAUGGAAGCCGAGUCGACGGAGAGAGGCGCAGCCGCCCUAAAGCUGCAGUUUGCCCCCUUCUGCAGCGCCCUGGAGGCAGGAUUCUGGCAGCAGCUCACCCAGAAGAAGCUCAACGACUUCCGCUUGGACGAGAGUCCAAAAAACAUCAAAGGCUACUACUAUAACGGUGAUGCUGCUAGCCUGCCCACACGCUUGACACUGGAGUUCAGCGCAUUCGAUGUUGAUGGAGCCUCACCGGCUUGCUGCUGUCCAGCUUCUGGAACUCUGUACAACACCAACACAUUAGAAGCCUUCAAAACCACAGACAAGAAAGCUCUGCUGGAUAAAGCAGCCAAUGAGAUUUGGAGCGCUAUUCAGUCCGGUGCUGCGCUGGAAGACUCCUCCAUCCUUAACAAAUUCAUCCUCUUGACAUUUGCGGAUCUGAAGAAAUAUCAUUUCUAUUAUUGGUUCUGCUCCCCUGCCCUUUGCUUUCUGGAGGGGGUCCAGCUGGAGCAGGAGCCGGUGUCAUUAGAGCAAAGCUUCUCUGCCAAACAGGUGCGCAGAAGAUAUAUGCAUUUCUAUUCACUAAAUUCAAAUCACGUCCUGUCUGCCACCUCGAUUCAUUUUCUGCUCAAGUACACAGAAGAGAGUGUUGAAGUCGCUCCUCUAAAGGACUUGAUCUCCUUCUUCCCAGACCUAAAGAAGAUUACUGUGUGUGUGUAUGACCCGUGCACGCUUCCUCAACAUCCAGGCUGGCCUCUCAGAAACUUCCUCGUCCUGCUCGCAAAGCAAUGGGGUUCACAGCUGGAUGUGCUGGAGGUUCUGUGCUUCAGAGACAGGACUCUACAAGGGAGCCGCUCGAUUCAGCACAGCAUCAUCUUUCGGGUCAAGCUGCCGGACCUCACGGCUUCUGCAGUAUGUCCAAAGAGUGUGGGUUGGGAGAAGAACCCUAAAGGAGCGAUGGGACCUCGUAGCGUCAAUCUCAGUGAAUGUAUGGACCCUAAAAGGUACUAAACAUCUGGCAUCAGUUUACACAUUUCGUUGAUUUCCUCAAGGCUUGUGGAUAAGGUCGUGUCGACGAGGUGUCUGUUGCUGGGAGCUGGGACUCUGGGAUGCAAUGUGGCAAGAACACUGAUGGGCUGGCGUGUGAGACACGUCACUUUCGUGGACAACGUGAGGAUCUCCUACUCGAACCCGGUGCGUCAGCCGCUCUGUGAGUUUGAAGACUGUCUGAGUGGAGAGGCUAAAGCUCUCGCCGCAGUGGACAGACUGAAGAAGAUCUUCCCUGGUGUGAUUGCAGAGGGCCACAACAUGAGCAUCCCAAUGCCAGGCCACCCAGUGAACUUCUCCGAGCUGACAAUGGCUCAAGCUCGGCAGGAUGUGGAACAGCUGGAGAAGCUUAUCUCUGAACACGAUGUGGUCUUCCUGUUGAUGGACACUCGUGAGAGCCACUGGCUUCCGACAGUCAUCGCUGCUAGCCAGAGAAAGCUGAUAGUUAACGCUGCUCUGGGAUUUGACACGUUUGUGGUAAUGAGACACGGCCUUAAGAAACCCAAAGAUUCACAGUCUGAAGAGACCAGGCCCACGUCUGCUUCCUCCAACUCCUCGUCUUCCUCCACAGCAGCAGCCACCAUCACACCAGGAGCAUCUCUGUUCUCCAACAUACCUGGACAUCGUCUCGGCUGCUACUUCUGUAACGAUGUGGUCGCCCCUGGAGACUCCACCAGAGACAGAACUCCGGACCAGCAGUGCACUGUGAGCCGUCCUGGUCUGGCCAUGAUCGCCGGAGCCCUGGCCGUGGAGCUGAUGGUCUCUAUACUCCAGCACCCAGAGGGAGGUUACGCUGUGGCCAGUAGCAGUGAUGACCGGAUGAAUGAACCCCCAACCUCUCUAGGUCUCGUCCCCCAUCAGAUUCGAGGAUCCUGUCAAGAUUUGACAAUGUUCUUCCUGCAAGUUUGGCGUUUGACAAAUGCACUGCAUGCUCUCUGAUAGUUCUUGAUAAUUAUGAGCGAGACGGGUUCCGAAGGUCUUCAACUCAUUGCAUUCGUUCCUGGAGGAUCUGACCGGCUUGACUUUACUCCAUCAGGAGACUCAGGCAGCUGAGAUCUGGGACAUGAGCGAUGAGAGCAUCUGAAGAAACCGCUGGACACACAGAAGGACGCUCCUUUAACUGGCGGUGAUUUUCGGUGCUCUUACACUGGUUUCUCACUGCACAAUGACCCUUCAUCAUAUACUAUUACAGCUGUCAGAGCUUGUCUGUGUCGGGAUAGACACCAGAGAUGAUAAACUGAUGCUGUGAUCUGCUCUGGUCUAGACAUCGAGUCCAGCGGUGAUUAGUCUUAAAAACUGUCAUUUACACACCCUCAUAUUGCUCAAAGACUUGGUUCAGCUUCAAAACACAACAGAAGAUAUUCUGAAGAAUAUUGGGACCCAAAAGGUUGAUGGUAGCGAUCGUCUUCAUAGUAUUUUUUUCUCCAAAAUAGAUGUCAAUGGCUAUCGUCAACUGUAUGGUUACCAACAGGCUUCAGAGUAUCUUGUGUUUAAAACAAUGUGAGAAUGAGUAAAUUACAGAUUUUUAAUUUUUGGGUGAAGGUUUCUUUUCCUGCCCAUAGUUUUUGUCCUCUGGACAGUUUAUAUGGCAUCUGUGCUGACUAAGAUCCUGCCUUAAGCCAUUUUUUUUUUAACUGGCCUAAUGUUCAUUAAAAGUGUAGUAGAUUGUUUAUGGCAGUGGUCUGGACCUUCCCUGAGUUCAAUGCCAAUGCAAACCCCCCUGAACUGAAGAAGUGUUGUGGAUCAUUGUAAAAGGACAGCACUGAGCUCUUGGUUUGCAUUCACAAGUGAAUGUUCUCAUCUGUCCUCGCACCACUGCGCUGUAACGCUCUAGAAAUGUGGCAUUCUGAAACUUGCCAUUUGU